GGAGUAACCAGACGGGUUGGGGGACACAGGAUGGCAGAGCUAAUAGGAGUACCUAACGGGACAUGCGGACGGGCUGAUUUCUUCUAAUAUUUCAAGUGCUGUUUGUGUCGGUGUGAAGCCUCGCCAUGCCGCUGGUGAAGAGGAACAUUGAGCCCCGUCACCUCUGCCGAGGGGAACUCCCCGAGGGCAUCGGCAGCGAGUUGGAGUGCGUGAUGAACAACACGCUCUCUGCCAUCAUCCGUCAGCUCAGCAGCCUGAGUAAACAUGCAGAGGAUAUAUUUGGCGAGCUGUUUAACGAGGCCAACACCUUCUACCUGCGUGCCAACUCUCUCCAGGACCGCAUUGACAGGCUGGCCGUCAAGGUCACGCAGCUGGACUCCACCGUGGAGGAAGUUUCCCUGCAAGACAUCAACAUGAGGAAAGCCUUCAAGAGCUCCACCAUUCAGGACCAGCAGGUGGUGUCCAAGAGCAGCGUUCCCAAUCCUGUCAGAGAAAUGUACAACCUGAGUGACAAGCCUCCACCACUCAGCAUCCUCUCACCAUACAGGGAUGACCACAAGGAAGCACUUAAGUUCUACACCGAUCCCUCGUACUUCUUUGACCUGUGGAAAGAAAAGAUGCUGCAAGACACAGAGGACAAGAGGAAAGAGAAGAGGAAGCAGAAGGAGCAGCGGCGUUGUGUGGAUGGGACAUUACAGAGGGAGGUGAAGAAGGUUCGCAAGGCGAGGAACCGUCGGCAGGAGUGGAACAUGAUGGCUCUGGAUAAGGAGCUGAGGCCAGACCAUCGACACACCAUACACCGCGACAGAGGGGCUUCUUCUGAGGGCUCAAUGUCGCCAGAGAACAGGGGUCACGGUCCCGAUCAGCACCACUACCCCAACACCAUGAACCACGCUGGCCACGCCCACACCUACUCCGGCCCUCCGCCCAGCAUCCUGGCUGCCCAGAUGGCCGCAGGACACGCCGCUCGUGGAGGAGGUGAACAUGAUAACAGGGGCAGGACUAUGAUGGCCUAUCAGGGUGGGACACUGGGCCGUUCCCACCACCACCAAGUCCCGCUGCCCCCUCCACCCACUGAGGCUAUGAAUGGUGGUUCUGUGUCCCUCCCACCAGUGGACUAUAGUAUGGAUGGCUACGCCAACACUGGUCCUCCUCCGCCUCCUCCAGCCCCUCUCAUCCCUUCUGCCCAGACUGCCUUUGCCUUACCUCCUGGAGGUCCGAUGCCUCCCGGAUCAAUGGCCGGAGUUGGCGGCUACGCUCCGCCUCCACCACCUGUAUCUGGAGCCCAGACAGCUCCACCUCCCCCUGGUCCUCCACCUCCUCCCAUUCCAGCUGGUGCCUCCCACUCCACAAGCCACAAGAUGUCCUCCUCAGCACCUGCUGAGACCACAGUAGUCAAUGAUGCCCGCAGUGAUCUGCUGGCUGCUAUACGUAUGGGCAUCCAGCUGAAGAAGGUGCAGGAGCAACAGGAGCAGCAGGCGAAGAGGGAGCCAGUUGGAAACGACGUGGCCACCAUCCUGUCGCGGCGCAUCGCUGUGGAAUACUCCGACUCGGAGGACGACUCCGAGCUGGAGGAGAACGACUGGUCGGAUUAACGCACAUGAAAAAUGGGAUAACCACUGGAGAUGCACACACAACAAAAAGACACACAAUCAGUCGAUCUCACACUCACUUGAAGGAAUGCCCACUGUACCACACACACGGGUUAUCACACACUUUGUUGCUGAAAACACACACGCUACCACACCUACACAUAAUCACAUGCUGUAGGUUGAUAUAAGCUGAAUGGUUCAAAACUGGAAAUCUGGGGGUGUAUUCAAGAUGCAUAAACACUGUAAAGAGACUAGUAAUAUACUGCAAUGCUGACCACUCUGUGAAACAUUAACGCUCAGUUUGAUGAUUAUAUUUCAAAGCAUUGUGAAUACACCCCAGUGGAUGUUUCUCUACCUGUUUUAACACUAUAGACACCGUGUGAAGGUGCUUAUUUCAUGUAUAGUCCGAGCUUGAGAGAGUUAUAGAAGAAUUAGAAACUUUCCUCUUGAGCUUAACCAAUGUUCUUGUCUUUUUUUAAUGUUUUUACUCAAACACGUGCGUAUGCCAUAGAUCAUGAGGCAGGUUUUUAACAUGUAGAUGACAAUAACUGGAAGUGAAGAAGUAAUGGAGGAGCUCAGCGGCGGCAGCAGCAGCAGUCAGUAAUAUGAUGGAUUCAGGCCACUGAGCGAGUGACUGGGAGGAACGUUCGAAAUGCUGUGGCGAAGACGGCUGAGAGGGCGAUAUGU